AUUUUGUCGAUGCAAAUUGAAUAAAACGUAAACGAUUUUUCUUCCUUCCCAUAGCUUAGCUAGAUCUAUUAGGAAUAAUAUUGUAAAUAUGUAGAUAGUUCAGGGGUCAAUAUUGUACAUUCUCUACUCUGAUUGUUAUGUUCGCUAUGUAAGAGUUGUGCUCAUUGUGUGAAUGGACGCGGAAACUUUCCAUAGAGAUAAGAAGUUUAAAUAAAUACCUCUGGGAGCCAAUUAAGCUAUACCUUUAUUUCAUACUCCCCUCCCCUUUUUGAAAUCGAUUAUGGCGCUGCUGAAACAGUUGGAACACCUCAAAAUCUCAUUUGAUGUCAUAAAAUUGGCCACCAAUAACUUUGGACCUGAGAAUUUUAUCGGGGUGGGUGGAUUCGGCAAGGUCUACAAAGCAGAGAUAACUUCCACCGACGGGCUAACAAAAACCGUCGCAAUAAAGAGGUUAGACAGACGCCAUGGACAAGGUGAACAUGAGUUUCUGAUGGAGAUAAUGAUGCUUUCUCGUUAUCGACACAAAAACCUAGUCUCUCUCUUAGGUUUCUGUGAUGAAGGGGAGGAAAAGAUUCUUGUUUAUGAGUUUGAGUUUAAUGGUAGCCUCGAAAAGUACCUUAGCAGCACCAGUCUCACAUGGGUUCAACGACUGAAGAUAUGCAUUGGGGCAGCUCGUGGACUGGAGUACCUUCACAACCCACUUGGGACACAGCAAAGAGUCUUGCAUCGAGAUGUGAAAAGCGCUAAUGUUCUUUUAGAUCAGUUUUGGGAAGCUAAAAUAGCUGAUUUUGGGUUGUCCAAAAUGGGCCCUGCAAAUCAAGAGUACACCUUUCUUGUCUCCAAUGCAGUUGGGACAUUUGGGUAUUGUGAUCCGCUUUACAUGGAGACAAAUAUUCUGACAAAGGAGUCGGAUGUGUAUUCGUUUGGGGUGGUUUUGUUUGAAGUCCUUUGUGGGAGGCUUAGCAUUGGGAAACCUGAUGAGGAGCCUCGCUUGUUGACAGAAAUAGCAAAACAGAGCUAUGAAAAAGGAACACUUGAUGACAUUAUUUUCAAUGGUCUACAUCAACAAAUGGAACCAAAGUCUUUGAAAACCUUUUCUUCAGUUGCUUAUCGUUGUUUGAAAAGAGAUCGUGAAGAACGCCCAACCAUGGCUCAAGUGAUUGAAGAACUUGAGCUUGCACUUGAAUAUCAGGAAAGUUUUCAAAGUGGGAAACCCAUGGAAUAUGAAGAAAUAAUCCGGAUGGCUGAUAGGGAGCAUCCUUUAGUCUACACAAAUAAAAGGGAACUCAAAUUGCUUCUAUCUUCAGGAAUUCUUGUCGAUUGGGGAAGAAGGUGGUUUUCCUUGAGCAAGAAAGAACAAUACUGUGAGAUGAUUUCUGCAUCUGAGUUUUCAUUCAAAGAUCCAAAAAUUAUCGAAUGGGUUCCUGACCAAAACUCAAGGUUUUCAGAGGUAGCAAAAAUUGAAAGAGCAGAGGAUAUGAAUAUAGAGGUUGAUAUAGAGACAAUUUUCUUGACACCGGGGAUCACAUACGCAGCAUACCUUGUCUUCAAAUUUUUUGAUGAGGAUAAUUCUGAGGAUUCUGAUCAUAAUUUUGAUCAUGAUUCCGAUGAUUCACAUACAGUCAAAUCCGAGAUGUUAUUUGAACCACUAUAUGUGGGUUUACAAUAUAAAUUUAAAGAUGCAGGUGAAUUUUCAGUCUCUUACCUUGCAGAGCAGAUAGAUAAUGGAUGGAUGUUGAUUGAACUGUGCCAAUUCAUUAGUCAUAAGAAAGCCGCAAAGCUUGAGGUUUCUUUCGAUAGCAUUCAUGUUCGUGAUAGUAUCUUAAUUGAAGGCAUCCAGUUCUUGCCUGUGGAGUUGGCUAUCGAAGAAGAGCCAGUAGCAGUAGACAAUUCUAAUACGAUGAUAGAUACAAAAUGGGAACAAAAACUACCACGUGACUAUCAAUACAUAAUCAAAACGGCAAAGGAUCAUGUGCCAUACAACAUCACUAACAAGGAAAUCUACAUGCUAUUUAUCAAUGGGAUCCUUACGAAUAAAGGCCGAAUGUUCUUUUCUCUUAAUAAAGAUGGAAUCAAAUGUUGUAUGGUGGCAGCAAGAGUAAUUCUAGAAGACAACGAAGACAACGAAGACACGAGCUUUCAUUGGAUAUCUCUACAUGAAUCGAUAUUCAAAAAGGCGGCCGAAUGUAAAUCAGGCAGUGAAUUAAAUAUCAAUUGUCGUAUCAACUCCCACAUGAUGUCACCAAACACAAACUAUGCAACUUACCUUGUGUACAAAUUGCCAGAAGUAAGCGAUGCGAAAUUUGAAUGUCCAUUACAAGUAAAGGAUUCCGAUGGAUAUUCUUCGGAAGAUGAAAAGGUGCAGUUUGUCUUCUUAUCCAGUCCGAAAAUCCCAUUAAUCAUGAUGGCAAAGAGUGACAAAGAUCAUAAUCAAAGGACAAGUAAGAACACAUUGCAUAGACCGAAAAUCGAGGGCACUCCGAGGCAACGAAAAGAUGGAUGGAUGGAGGCUCAGAUAUGGAACUUUACAACAAAUGCUACUACUAGUACUAUAAACAUAAAUGUUGAAUUGAGCCUUUGUGACAACGAGGAAGAGCUUAUCGGGCUCAUUGUGCAAGGAAUUGAGAUCAGACCCAAAUAA